GGGGCCAGGGAAACCUCAGAGACUCCCGUGGCUUUGUUUCAGCGAGUCUCCUUCUCCAGGUCUCUCUUUGAGGACUGAAAGAGCAUUCGGGUUCACGUACAGGAGCGCCAGGAGGAACCUCUUUCGAGUUUUCUCCUUCCCCGUAGUGAUUUUACUAGAAAACAGACGUCCCUGUUUAGAAGCCAGCCGAUCGCCCAGUGCCAUCACCCUGCCUGCUGGCUGGGCAGGGUAACUCCUCAGGUCACCACCCCCGUCUCCAGCCUGCCUUGGGCUUGGGGAGUGAGGAGAAGGGCGAGGGACGACCCUGAACAUCCUCCAUCCAUCGCUCCGUCACCAGAGCAAGAUGGCUGGGCUCCUGAGGAUGUUCAGGAAGAAGGCUCUGAAGGUGGCCCCAGAGCCUGAGGGGAGCAGCUGCCAUCUUCCCCAGGAGCAGAGCGGCCCCUCCGUCCCCGCUGGCGGGGAAGGAGCUCCCGGCCGGACCAGAAGGUGGAAGUUCCCAGCCUUCUGGAAGAGGAAACCUGUUCCCGGCGCAGGUGCCGAGGUGGGAGAGGCACCGGCCAGGCCGAAAUGGAACUGGGCCAGGAUGCGGCAGGGCAGGUGGGACCCAGCCCAGGAGCGCAACCGGGCAGGGUGGCUCCGGGGCUUGUUAUGUGGGCAGCAGCGGCCCCAGGAGCCCAGCCCCGAUUUCCAUCAGGAGGCAUCGCCCUGCCUGGUCAGUGGGGACCUUCCAGCCUUCCCAGGGCAGGAGGUGGAGGAUCCCUCUCCCAGCCCCAGCAGCUCGGCCCGCUCCCCAUGGGACAGCAGCAGCAGCGCCUGCGACUCGGACAGCAGCUCGGCCCGCUCCCCAUGGGACAGCAGCAGCGCCUGCGACUCGGACAGCAGCUCGGCCCGCUCCCCAUGGGACAGCAGCAGCGCCUGCGACUCGGACGGCAGCUUGGCUGAUGGACGCUUCUGCUUCGUUCAAGGGUCCGCCAGGGCCUCUGAGGAUGAGCAGGAGCAGGAGGAGGAGGAGGAGGAGGAGGAAUGGGUCGACGUGGUAACAGAGGAGGCUGCUCUCAAAAACAUCCGAGAGCAGCUCCAGGGCCGAGAAAAGGACGAGGCGCAGCAGCUCAUGUUCCUGCACGCCAUCCACCCCGCGUGUCUCGCUGCACAGCAGAGAGGGCAGGACACAUUGGAGCCGCGCUGCUGCAAGGCAGCUGUGGUGGAGAGGAUUGUGGAGCUCAUUGAGGAGCUUCCUGAUGACUCUCCGCCCGGCCCCGUCCUGGCCAACUGCCUGAUCGCUGUGGCCAACCUCAGCACCAUGACACCUGCCUUGGAGCCGGAGCUGGAGACCCACCUCCUCCGAGCUGCCCUGCAUGCCGUUUUCACCCUGGACACGCGGACAGACACCACCCAAGUCCAGGAUCUGCAUAGGGUCAUGCCAGACCUCCUGGACGCCAUGCUGGGGAACCUGCUGGCAAAGUCCCCAGAUACCAACAAGCUCCACUACAUCUUGGAGCACAUUAACUACUGGAUGGUGUCCAGGGUGUCGCGUGAGAGAGCCAGGGCCAUUAGGAGCAGCGCAACCCUGCUCACCUCCAUCAUCACCCUCCCUGACUUCGACAACUCAGCCGAAUUCCCCGAGAUGGGUCACCACGUGGCACAGCUGGCUCUGUCCAUCGGUGACCCAGACAAGGACAUCAGCCGGCAGGCCAGGGAGGGGGUUUUCCGGCUCUACCAACUGUUGCUGCACCAGAGGGACCUGACCAUCCACGAGGCCGAAGAGCUGUGGCUCCGAGACUGGCACGAGGACAGCAGGCUCCUCGGCUAUAAAAACACAGCCAGGGUCGGGGAGGUCUUUGGAAAGUUAUUCUCGGAGGGGCAGAGACGCUUCUUCCUGCGGACGGCAGUGCUGGCCAUGCACAACCCCCGGCUGCGUGUCAGCCAGGCUGGGCUGCUCCUCACUUACUCCCUGCUGGGGCAAGCCCAGCAGCUGCUGGGGGACAAGCAGGAGGAGGUCACCUAUAAGGUGACGCAACAACUGCACAUCAUCCACAACUUGCACCAAGUGCCUGAGGCGGUGCAGGAGCUCUGCCUUCGAGGCCACCAGCUACUCCCACUCCCUGUAAACGGGGAGUGUAGUGAGACUGAGUGGUCUCCCUCCGACUGGGAGAGCGAGAGACCCCCUACACGCCUCUUGGAGGCUGGGGCCUAUAUUGCCCCGCCCCCCUCGCCCUAAGAACUGGAGCGUGGCCGGAAGUAUAAAAGGCCGGCCGUGCUGCACAGUUGGGGGAGAGCCUGCAAGAGAGGAGGACGCUCGGCCUGUUCUCCAGAGGCCCAGAGAGGAUCCCGCUCCUGGCUGUUCCCGAUCCCCAGGCGUGGACGAGGACUGGCCCGGAGUCCCCGCUGCGGUUUACCCCAAGGAGCCGGAAGAGGCCUGGAGGCCGCAGGGCUCGCCAUCCGUCUUGGAGCUGAACCCCAGAUGGGAGCUGAUAGAUUGUCCUUGGUGAGCCAUGUUCUUGUGUGGGAUGGAGCUGAGGGCCAGAGAGGGCCAGGAGCAGAUGCAUCACGCCUGGCCAGGACCGGGCUAAACAGCCUGUAACACUAGACAGGCAGCCCGUGAGUCCAGUUUGCAGAAUGUGGAAGAGCCCUUUGGUGAUGUUUUGGAGGAUUCCCCACGUAGGUGGCAGCAGCUGCAGUGCCUGGGGUCCCCAUGGGCCAAGCCUCCACUCCUGACACUCCAGGCUAAUCUCCCCUGCUCUCAGCGGGGCUUGGCUUUAGCUGCUGGGCCUGCGUGCCUAGACAGAGGACUCAGGUAUUUCCAUCAGGCUGCUCAAUGGCAAAUGCAGCCACCCAAAGAGGUGAAGAAGAAUGGAAGCGAAAGCACAAAGCUGGACCAUCCGCUGAGCUGUUGCAAUCAAGUGAGCAGAGCCGGGGAGAGAAGAGGGAGAACUCGAAGGUGGCUGGCGGCAGUAGGGAGGAGAAGCAGUUUGGGAGCCAAGAGAGUAGAAAUAAAUAGCUCAUGACAAAUACUGUGGCUU